AUGUUAUUCCCUACAAAGAAACUGCAUGGGAAAAGUAACAAUAAGGUUGCAAAGGCAUGCAUCCAUGUGUCCAAGAGUGACAUCUUGCUCCAGAAACAGCACACAGUACAAGAGCUAGAGUCACAGUGUGGGGCCCUGGAGAAGAGCCAGAAAGAGGCACAGAAGCUGGAGUCCCAUGUGAAGGAGACUCAGAGCAAAGCAGAUGAAGCCAGGGUGGACCUGAUGCUGCUCAAGCACAAGCCUGACUCAUGCCUGUGGGAGCUGCCAAAGAGAGAGGAGCUGAGCAUUCAAAGAUGGCAUCGCUGUGCCACACACAGUAACCAGCUGGGAGUCUUCCAAGAUGAGGUCACCUCAGUGGUGCCUGAGUGGGAGCAGCUGAAGAUGCAUGUGCAUCACUUGGAGGGCAGUUUGUCCCCUCUGACCCACCAGAAGCUGAAGCAGCAAGGGGACAGAACCAGAACAGAGGAGCUGCAGGAGAAGCAGGAGGCUGGCCUGAGUGAACAGAACCAGGCCCUGAGCAGGCAGAGCCCACCACAGGUAGUGGAGCAGGCGGUGAAGAUCUCUGCUCUAGAGAAGAUCCUGUUGGAGAAGAACCUGGAACUGCAGCAGUUGCAAGAGGUUGUCUCUGCCCUGUCUGUGGAGAAGGAGUCACAGAAAUCUGCUCUGGAAAGCCUAAAGGAAGAACAUGAAAGGCAGCUGGAAGAGGUGCACAAGGAGAAGGAGCUGGCAUUGGCUCAGCAGAGAGAGGAUCUGCAGCACCAGAAGCAGCAGGAGCUCCAAGAGGAGCUGGCAUUGGCUCAGCAGAGAGAGGAUCUGCAGCACCAGAAGCAGCAGGAGCUCCAAGAGUUUGCAGAGACUCUGGAGCAGGUGAAGGAUGCAGCCUUACAGGACCAAUCCUCUUCUUUCCAGAAGAAAGUGGAGAACCUCACCAGGAUUAUGAAGGCCCAAGAUGCAAAGCUUCACCAACAGCAAGAAGCCAUGAGGAUGCAGAAGGAACAUACCCAGCAACUACUCAGAGAGUUGAGGGCAGAGGCCAAGGAGACGGUUCAGAAUGCCCUGCUUCAAGGGCAAAGUAAAUGGGAAGCCAAGGAAAAGGAAGCACUCCAGAUGCAAUGUGAAACAGUGGAGGAGCAGAGCCACAGAGUGCAAGCUGACCUCCAGAAGGCGCUGGAGAAAGAGAGGAGGAAGGGAUCAGCUUUGCAGACUAGGAUCCUGGAGCUCCAGAAGAGAAUCCAAGACCUGGAACUCCUUACUUGCUCACUCAAGCAAGAGAAGCAGGUGGCCCUAGAAGACCUGCAGACGUUGCUUCAGGAGGAGAAAAUGGAAGCAUUACAGAAACUUCGGGAGGAACUGGAGCAGGAGACAAUACAGGAGCAUGACCAACUGAGAGCAAGGCUGCAGCAACUGGAGGAGAAGCAGUGCCUCUUGCGAGCCAAGCAGGGUGAAACGGCCUUCUGGAACCAGGAGGCACUGUCCAGUGCUGAGUGGGCUGAGCACUCAGUGGCCUGGGAGAUUGGCUUGGUGUGCCAGCAUCUCCAGGACUUGCUGCCUGAGAGAGCCAGGGGACAGAGUGCUUCCUGGAUGGCACAUAGGAGCCCAUCUUACCUCUCUCCCGGCCAUGCCCUCCAGAUCCUCCGUGGACUGAGGGAAGAAAUUCAGCACUACCUCAGGGACUUGCAGCAAGAGAUAGAGGCUCAGAAACACACCAUCCUUCAGUUCCAGAUGGAAAAGAAAUGGGAGCUGAGGCAGCAGCAGGAGCAGCUUCAUUUAGAAAAGGAGGAAGCUCUGGAGGCCCUGAAGGAGCAGCUGAUCCAGGAGCAUAUCCAGGAAAUUGCCACCCUGCAGCACAGUCAGCUAAAGGAGGCUAUGGGUGAAAAGCAGUUGUGCAAGGACAGUGAGCUGUGGGCUAUCCAGGGAAGCUGGAAGGACCAGAUGGCCUGCAAGCUGACCCAGAGGUUGGAGAAGGAGCUGGAUGUGGAGGUGGAGACGCACUUCUGCAAGGACAGACAUGUGGGCCUUCAGAGGGCUGUGAAGAAGCCGGACUCAGAAGCCAGACACCUUUCCUCAGUAACGGAGAAACACUUGUCCCCAGCUAAAGCAAGGAUGGUGACAGAGGGCUGGGAACUGGGUGAACAUCACCAUCUCUGCUCUGCGUCUUUCUCCUCCAUAAGCACUGCAUCUCUCCCCAGGCAGCAUGACUCUGGAGCCUUGAAGUUGCUGCACCAUCUCCAGGGCCGUGUGAGAAAGCUGCGGAUAGAGAAUGCCAUCAACCACUGGGGCAGCCUGGAGGAUCUGGCCAGCCUGCAGGGAGAGCUAGGCCACACAUUUUGAGAAAAGGUAACAGGGCAAGAUCUGGCAUAGGAGCCAACACACUCACUGUAGCCUCACUGAAGAGACUAGUCAGAAGGUGAACAAGGGGCUGAAGUGUCAGAUGACAUAAUGCACAACCCAGCUUGAUUGCACAGCUGGUCCGUAGUUCAUAGCUCACUGCUCUCAGAGACUGUGUAGUCUGGUGGGUAUAAUACUGAAUGGGAGAACUUGGGAUCUAUUCCUGGCUUUGCUACGAGCCUCCUGGAUUACCUGGGGCAGGUCACAUCACCAGUCUGUUCCUGGAUUUCCCUCCCUGCAAGAUGGGAUAGUGCUACCGACCUCCUUUGUAAAAUUCUUUGAGACCUACUGAUGACAAAUAUUGCUCAUAUCUCUGAGCUCCCCUUGGCCCCCUCUCAACAUCCCUUCUGCUUUCCACAAAGCCCAUCCCGACCCGUACUGGGGACUUCACUCCUACUGACUUUUGGAUUCCCCCUCCACCUCUUCUCUUGCUUUUCUGUUACUCCUACCCCUGCCAAAAAGUGGGCAAUUGACCACACCUACUGGAGGAUGAAGGACCUUCUGUCCCACUCUGCAUUGCAGGGUUAGAUAGAAUUGAAUUAAAUCUUCUGGACCCCAGCUUGCAUUUCUUUUUUUUCCUUAUGCAGAUGCACUUGCUGACAGAUCUCUCCUUCCCAUCAUUCCAAGGCAUAAACAGUAAGAAGUAGAGCAUUUGCUGCUGAAGAACUUGAAGCUGAGCAGGUGGAAGAGUCAUCUCCUGUGGACAGGGAGUGGUUAUAAAGGAACGGUUACAGCAUUACUAAAAUUACUCAAGACUUUGAGGGAAUUCUUUGUCAUGCUUGAGGUUCCUGGAUGGCAGGAAGGAUGGAGAUGAUGUGACUCUAUGACACAUCAAAUAGGAACUACUCAGGAUACUACCCAUUGAAUUUUUUGCAUGGAAGCUUCCCACACUCUUGGCUGCUCUCUAUGGUCCUUGGCCUAAUUUCUUGCUAAGUAAAUUCUAGGACUUUUUUCCUUUUGAAUGAAAUAUGUGCUAGUUUGGGACUGAACAAAAUGCCUGCAUAGGUAAUAACCAGAUGGGAACCAGGAGCUAUGGGGAUACUGGAGUCAUAUUCUUGAGCUCUGAAGGCCUGGAGUGUUGACUAGGUGGGACUAAUCCAAAGAACAAGUCCAGGUAAACAUGGGAGCCUAAACAGACAAAUCUUCACUGCUGCUUUCCCCAAAUGAUUCAAACUUAAUGCCGAUGAGCCUGUAAAAGACAGGAGUCAGGGGAGGGAGCUGGAAUUCAUGCCAAGAUAUUUUCUGAUACUAGAAGGAAUGGAUUAUUGAAGUGGGAGUGGGUGUUUCUAGAACCUACAGAGUGAGCAGGUCAGUUUUUAAGGCUGUGGGGGAAGUGCCAAUCAGCAUUUCCUCUAAGCUGUGUGGUGUGUGUGGCUGUGCAUGCCGUGCUG